AUGAACGGUGAUAGAGCAACAAAAGAAACGGUCCAACGCUUGACGGCGGAGAAUGAAGAUCUGACACGAAAAUUUCUUGAGGCAGAGGACGAGCACCGGCGUACGGUGUCCGAUCUCAUGGCAAUGCAAGAGAAUCAGAAUCAGUUCGUAGAUAUUCUUACUAAAAAAGCCGAGCUGUUUAAACAAGAGAAGAGCGAAUGACUUAUCGAAAAAAUUGAAAUACUGAGGAAGGAAGGACAUAAAGUAGAAGUUCUUGCCGAAGGUGAACGAACGGCCAUGAAAUCUGAAAUCGAAAAGCUAAACAAUGAGAUUGUGGAAAUGACGAGCAGGCUAGAACGUCAAAGCGAAAUUUCGGACACGCUCACCAAGAAGCUGAAGCAGAUUGAGCAAGACAAGCAAGAGUGGAUGAUAGAAGGAGAAAGCUUGAGAGGAAAUCUUGCGACAUUGGGCGAAAAACUGUCCACCAGUAAUGCUGAAAUUGAAAAACAGAGGACGAAGAACGAAUCUCGUAUCGAAGAACUCAGUAAUGAGUUGCAACAAAGUCAUGUGGAGAAGCUCGAGAAAAAUCGAAACGAAUUCUCAGAGUGCCAUAAACGAGAGCUCGCCGCCAUCCAGGAGCAGCUUCGUCUGAAAGAAGAUGACUUUCGUAGUGCUAUGGACAAGGUCCAUGUACUAACCGAAGAGAAGGCCAUCACUGAUUCGGAACUUGCGAAUCUACAAGAAAUGCUAGAGCAGAGGCAGAAUGAGUUGGCUUCAUUACGUGUCGCAGAGGCGAAUACUACGGCGCUCUACAAUGAAGCCUUGAACAAAAUCUCGGUGCUGGAAGAAAAGUUGGAAAGACGAGAACGUAGUCUGACCGAAAGGACCAUGAUGUCACCAUUGCCAGAAAAACUGAAACAGACAGUAGUACUUGACAGCAAGGAAGAUGAAGACAUGAUCAAUACGCCAAUACCAUCCUCAAGUCGACCGCAGAGUUUCAACAGUGCGUUUCAAUAUUCGUCUUCUAGCGUUCGAAAAUCACGUAAACCGGAAUGGUAA